GGCUCAAAGUACCGAAUCAUUUCUACGUGUCGAUCCCGUGGCUAUGGUGUACCGCGUGGGAGGCUUGCUCCUUCUGAUCUGUGGGCUGGCAGGUGCGGAGACGAACGACGAUUGUGCCAUGACACAGUUGCGUAAGGUGAACGAGCACCAUGAGGUGAAAUUGGAUGAGAAGACCAAUGACACGAGCCAGUCGGCCCAGACGGACGAUUGUCCGACCCCUUGCGUACUUGAGGAAGCGACGAAGAUUUGCCAGCAAGCGCAGAACAAAGGAUUCAGCUUCAAAACAAAUUCUUGCAGCUUCAAAUGCAAUGCGAAAGGCAAGGUGCAGAAUUGGAAGGGCCCCACCCUGGCGAAGCUGCUGCAUCAUCCCUGCCAGGACAGCCACGAGGGUCCCGCGGCCUAUUGCCAGAAGAAUCCCUCGAAGUUUUACAGGGAUAAGACGUGCAGCAUUCAGUGCUUCAAUGGCCAGGCCAUGACCGUGGCCUACAAAGGCAGCUUUUCAGUUAGCUCGACGUGUUCGAAGCAGAAUUACUUGCUCCAAUCCUCGGCGGAGACGUUUCCACCCGCCUCACAGCUGGCUGACGAGGACGAGGAUUGAGGACGUUGAGGACGUUGAGGACGUCCAGUCGAUUGAGCCUCCCGGAAGAGCCAUGUGUGCUUUUGGAGGCCUUGCUGCGUGUUUAAGGAAGGUGGACUUGUGCUGGCUUAAGGGCGGCCGCCGCUGCUCCAAAGGAGCAGUGCCGGUUGGAGUGACCUUCACAGUUGCUCAUUUGCGCUGAACCCGGGAUUGGAGAGGAUUUUGGAGGUUUGAAUUGAAGUCUUCCAACUGUCAACUGGUUGGCCGAAUUGGUUGAACCUCGUCAAUUUGUUUCUUGUCCACACAACCUCACGAUCUCACCGCUGCAAUGAGCCUGGUUGGUGACCAAUGACAAUCGUUGUGGC